AACAUUAAUAAAAGUUAUUUCGACGCAUAAGCACAUUCGCCAUGGGUCUCCAGCCAGUGUAUUUUUUAGCUAUUGCGGCAUUUAUUCAAGUCGUAUCUAGCGCAGCUCUGUAUAAAACGGACAACUGCACCAACCACAACCUGGAGAUAAUCGGCGGUCACACAGUGACCAUUGAAGACGCUCCUUUCAUCGUGGCAUUGUACUACAAGCCCGAGGAUGAAGACUACCAGGCGUUCUGCGGUGGUUCCAUUAUACAUGAGCGCUUUAUAUUGACUGCUGCCCAUUGUACUUACUUCAUCGACUGGAUACAGCAAGAAAACGCAACAAAAAGGGUUCUCAUCGGCUCCGACCGGCUGAACACCGGAGGCGUCUUCAUUGAUGUGGAACAGGAGUUCAACCACGAGGAGUUCAGCUUUUCUAACAUGACUAUAGAGAACGACAUCGCUCUGUUAAAACUUAAGGAGCCAGUACCGUUUGGUUGCAAGGUAGCUAAAGUAAAGCUGCCCGAUGCAGAUUUCGAGUUGGAACCUGGUACUCUGGUCAAUGUUACCGGAUGGGGUGACAUAGGAAAUAGUACAGGAUUGGAGAAUGAGCUGCGCCAGACUAUAGUACCGAUCGUGUCUAACGAAUGUUGCAAGGAGGCCUUCUCGGACUUUGCGGGGCUUACUGAAAAGCAUAUGUGCGCUGGAUCUAAAGGCCACGACUCCUGCCAGGGUGACAGCGGCGGUCCCUUAACGUACAAAGGCACACAAGUCGGCAUAGUUUCCUUUGGCGAAAAGUGCGCCAUCUAUCCUGGAGUCUACACAAGAGUUUCUGAGUACUUGGAUUGGAUCAAAACAACCAUUGAGAGCAACUUGUAAACCACUUUUCUUGAACUGUUGGUAUCAAAUUAAAGAUUUUUUUUUUGCUUAGACUUAUCAGUCUUAUCACCUCUUCCAUUACUAAAAAUGAUUUGUCGAGAAAUAAAGUUGACCAUAAAUAACAUAAUGUAUGUAUUCUGUAUUCUUAUAAUAUUAAACAUGCAUAAAAAUUAA